AUGGCUGGAAAGAGCAGCGGCACAUUGCGGCGUGCCAUUGGAUUGGCCAAAUCGUUCCUCGUGGAGAAGUUAGAGGAUCAGAAGAAGGAUUCAAAAGAAGAUGUCACAAAAUUCGAUGAGGAGGAAUUAGUAGAAUUCCUCAAGCAAACACAUCAAGACCAUGAGCAGAUCAGGAUUCAAGUCGAGAAAAUCCAAGGAUACGAAGAUGAAUGGGAUCAAAUGAUAUUGAGGGAUCCAAGAGAAGUGGAAGUGAAGGCUAACUACAUCACGAAGUAUGGAUCGUACAUGGCACAAGUGGAAACUGGUCACAAGCAGAUGCAGGACAUGGAAGCAAAGUACCGCGAAGCAUGGGACAGACUCAACGCCAAGGAUGCUACGAAAGCGGAAGAACUAUUCACACCGGAAGAACUAGUCACAGUCAAGGGAAAGAAGGCAGAAGAUGAUCCGAGAAUGAGGACACUGUCUGAGAGUUCAAAAAACGAUGGGACAAAUGCGAAGCAGCAGAUGAAUGGACAGGCUGCGGAGUGCCCUAGGAUUAUUUUAUGUGAGGCAAGGAUUAUGGAACGCCAAGAUCAGGAAAUACAAGGUCAAAAAAUGGAUCAAUCAAAUGCUCAACGUGGAGCGAUCAAUGUGAACCAACCGGAGCAGAAGAUGCUGAACAAUGGACCAAUGAUGAUGACAAUGUCUCCUUUCCACUUUGCGAUGCCCCAAUGGAAGAAGCUGAGGAAGCUGCCGGAUAUCACCAACAGUACUUCGCCUGCAGCAUUACAAGAGUUCUACAUCAAUGCUCAAAUGAUUUUCAAUGAGCUUAUGUCACUUGGAUGCGAGAUGGACAAUUUAUCAACUGCUGAUGCUAUCGAAAGCAAAUUGCCGUUCCGCGUCGUCAGGAAAGCUUAUACCCAAGGAUGCAGAGAUACGCCGUACAAAGCUAAGUUUGCUGGCUGCAAUCAACCAACAAAUGAGCAGCGUACAACUACAAUGGCUGUGCAGAAUCGUCAUGGUCAAGGGAAGAAUUCGAUGAACAAUCGUCAGAAGGAGAAGGUCAAGAAGCCGUGCAAGUAUUGUGUGGAAGAACGAAUGAUGCAUCAUCCAAUGGACUGCCGAAAGUAUGCUACGAAUGAAGAAAGGAAAGUGAGAGCUGGUCAACUACAACUGUGUUUCAAAUGCUUGGAAGCUGGACACGUGGCUCGAGACUGCAGCUGGAAAUGCAAGGAAUGUCAAGGAAAACAUCACUUCACCAUGUGUCACAAGAGGGAGCAACAAGGACAAGGACGUCAACAACAUCCAAGGAAUGCUGGACACAGAGUUGCUGAAGUCAAAAACAAGUAUUAA